UUGUUCCCUCCACCUCCACCUCCGCCUCUCCCACCUCACCGCCUUCCUCCACCGUGCCGGCCAGCCCGGACGUACACGCCGGACGCGACGCGACCCCUCCACACAAACACACACGACCGGUCUUCGCAGCGCAGCGCCGCAGGUUUGAUCGAUCGCGAGCUGUGACUUCCUUCAGUUCCCUUCGUUCGGUCUUCCCCGAUGACCACCUCGUCGUCCGGGAGCAUCGAGGCGCCGGCGAACACGAGGCCCGGAUCGUUCUCGUUCGCGAGCACGAGCUUCACGGACAUGCUGGGGAGCUCCGCGGCCGCGGCCACCGGGGCGUCGAGGUACAAGGCCAUGACCCCGCCGUCCCUGCCGCUGUCGCCGCCGCCGCUGUCGCCGUCGUCCUUCUUCAACAUCCCCGGCGGCCUGAACCCCGCCGACUUCCUCGACUCGCCGGCCCUCCUCACCUCCAGUUUCUUCCCGUCGCCGACGACGAACGCAUUCGCCUCGCAGCAGUUCAGCUGGCUGGCGCCGCAGGGCGCGGAGCAAGGCGGCAAGGACGAGCAGAGGCAGUCGUACCCGGGCUUCUCGUUCCAGACGGCGCCGACGACCGAAGAGGCCGUGCGGACGACGACGACCUUCCAGCAGCCACCGGUUGCACCGGGCCCACUGGGUGAGGAGGCAUACAGAAGUCAGCAGCAGCAGCAGCCAUGGGGCUACCAGCAGCAGCAACCAGGCAUGGACGCGGGCUCCAGCCAGGCGGCCUACGGCGGGCCGUUCCAGGCAGGCUCGUCGGACGCCGCCGCGAUGGCACCGCACGCGCCGGCGAGCGGCGGGUACAACCAGGCGCAGUCGCAGAGGCGGUCGUCGGACGACGGGUACAACUGGCGCAAGUACGGGCAGAAGCAGGUGAAGGGGAGCGAGAACCCGCGCAGCUACUACAAGUGCACCUUCCCGGGCUGCCCCACCAAGAAGAAGGUGGAGCGGUCGCUGGACGGCCAGAUCACCGAGAUCGUGUACAAGGGCACACACAACCACGCCAAGCCGCAGAACACGCGCAGGAACUCCAGCGCGGCGGCGCAGCUGCUUCAGGCCAGCGGCGGCGACGCGUCCGAGCACUCGUUCGGCGGCACGCCCGUCGCGACGCCCGAGAACUCCUCGGCGUCCUUCGGGGACGACGACGCCGGCGUGGGCUCGCCGCGGGCAGGGAACCCCGGCGGCGAUGAGUUCGACGAGGACGAGCCGGAUUCCAAGAGAUGGAGGAAAGACGGCGACGGCGAGGGGAUCUCCAUGGCCGGCAACCGCACGGUGCGCGAGCCGAGGGUCGUUGUCCAGACCAUGAGCGACAUCGACAUCCUUGAUGACGGCUACCGCUGGAGGAAGUACGGGCAGAAAGUGGUGAAGGGAAACCCCAACCCCAGGAGCUACUACAAGUGCACGACGCCCGGGUGCCCGGUGCGGAAGCACGUGGAGCGCGCGUCGCACGACCUGCGCGCCGUGAUCACCACGUACGAGGGCAAGCACAACCACGACGUGCCCGCCGCGCGGGGCAGCGCCGCGCUGUACCGCCCCGCGCCGCCGCCAGCGGACACCUACCUCGCCGCGGCCGCCGGUGUGAGGCCGCCGGCGCCCAUGGCCUACCAGACGGGGCAGCAGUACGGGUUCGGCGGGUCGAGCUCGUUCGGCCUCGGCGGCGGCGCGCCGGCGCAGCAGGGCGGCGGCUUCGGGUUCCCCUCCGGCUUCGACAACCCGAUGGGGUCGUACAUGAGCCAGCACCAACAGCAGCAGAGGCAGAACGACGCCAUGCACGCGUCGAGGGCCAAGGAGGAGCCCCGGGAGGACAUGUUCUUCCCGCAGUCGAUGAUGUACAACUGACGACUGGAGGAGGACCGCGCGCGGACACGACGCUGCGGGAAAUGGCAAGACAUGACGUGAUGUCCAUAAUAGGGUUGUUGUAUCUAGGAUAGGGUUGAACAGAUUUCUUUAUUUGUUUGGAGGCCUCCAUGUUGGCAGAUGCUUGCCGAAAAUGGGGUCCUCCCUUAACACGUGGAGGGGGGCAGAAAGGAUGUAGGAUACUAGGAGUGUAGGACACAGGACAAGCUAGAAAAGGGUAUCAACAGUUUUGUUCUUGGAUUAUUUUUUAGCAUGAAAAUGUUGCAUUCAAAAUUGAACUGAAUUUUACAUCACAGA